GCCUGCAGAUGAAGAGCCUGCUUUUGACUGUUACACUGUUCAUCCUGGUGACUGGCCUACGUGCCCAGGAUGACCUGCCUUUCCUCUCAGAAGACAAGAACGUCUCAGGGAUCUGGUACAGGAAAGUCAUAGUGAGUGACUGGAACAUCACAGAGCCGAAGAGCCAUGUGGAAGAAUUCCCUUUUGUGGUGAGAGCCCUGGAAAAAGGAAGCAUGGAGGUUACGAUAUUUUUCAUGUUUGAGGAGAAUUGCCAACAGAUUGAAUUCGUGCUGGAGAAGACAAAGAAGCCUGGCCAAUACAGUGCCUUUUGGGGCGCGAAUCUCAUGUACAUCUAUGAACUGCCAGUGAUGGACCACUACAUCUUCUACAGUGAAUGCCGUUUUCUUGAGCAGAAAGUCUAUACGGGAGAGCUCAUAGGUGCUGCCUGUGCAGUGGGCAAGAUCUGA